AUGGCACCUUCCCACGGACAAAAGGUCGACCUCGGCAAGGACGCUCCCGUGACCCAAGAGUCCACAGGCGCCGUCCCCUCGGGCUCCCUCGCCAACGAGUCGGCCAAGAAGGGCGGCGACUUUGCCGAGAACAGCGGCGUCCAGGCAGGCUCAACCGCCGACUCCAAAUCGUCGGGUACAGACGCCAACCACGGCAGCAGCAAAAACAGCAACAGCAAUGCGUCUUCCAGUACCAAGGGCUCGUCUGGCGGCGGCGGCGGCGGCAACGGAGAUUCAAAGUCCUCCGGCGCCCAGGGCGGCACGGCGCCGUCGUACGUCGAGAACCAGUACAUCCGCGACGGCAGCGGCCCGCACGGCAAGAACCUGCAGGAGGGCAUCGACUACGCGAACACCAAGGACGGCCUGAAGGCGGCGCUCGAGGCGGAGCCGGGCUCGGCGAAUGACCCUGCGCGGGCGGCGGAGCAGCAGUUUUUGCAGUCGCAGACGAGGGCGGGGCGCGAUGCUGGGCCGAAGGAGUUUGAGGUCGGGAGCAAGACUACGUUUGACAAUCUGGAGGAGAAGCAGGCUUGA